AUGAAUCGGACAGCUCUCCUCAUCAUAGACGUACAGUACGACUUCCUACCUCCCUCAGGCUCAUUGGCCGUUCCAAACGGCCAAGAUGUUUUACCUGUCAUCAACGAUCUAUUGGAUGAAAAUAAGUACGAUUGGCCAGUGAUAGUAGCUAGUCAGGACUACCACCCAAAAGGACACAUAUCAUUCGCAUCCACCCACCCACCUCAUAAGCCAUUUUCACCUCUACUCGUGCAGGAUGCGAGGGGUACGACGUAUCAGCAGACAAUAUGGCCUGAUCAUUGUAUACAAGGUACGAGGGGUUCAGAGAUUGAAGGGAGUAUUAAAGAAAAGCUAGACCAGUGGGGAAGAAAAGUCAGACUGGCAAGAAAGGGGACACACCUGAAGCUAGAAGCAUACUCAGCAUUCGAUGGCGAUGCUUAUCCAGGAGAACAGAAAUUACCGUCAGAAGGCCCCUUAAGUACUUUUCUCAGGAAACAAGGUAUUGAGAAAGUAGUGAUUGUAGGUUUAGCUACUGAUUUCUGCGUACUUCAAACUGCUCUAUCAGGUCUCUCAGCGUCGUUUGAUACGCUAAUCCUCGGUCCAGCUGUGAGAGGUAUAUCUCCCGAAGACACAGACAAAGCCCUUGUAACAAUACGAAAUUUAGGAGGCAAGGUGAUAGAUCAAGACGACAUUGAUUCGGAGACUGGUUUGAACAGCUGGUUCGAUUCGUAG